UAUUUAUCAAUACGAGACAACAGCAGUCUUGCAAACUAGCAGCUACUGUAGAUGCUUCCCACACCAGUUUCACAUCACACACAAGCUCUCACUGAAAACUGACUCCAAAAGUGUCCAAAAGCCACACUUUUUUACUCGCAUGGUCUCUGAAUAGAUGGCUUCGACCGUUCUAGCAAGGUCUCUCUUGACUCACCGUUUUAUUCACUCUUCCUUCUCUCUCAGUACUCACAAGCCCAGACUUUUGUUUUCCCUAUUCAAGAAGAGACAGUUUCACUUUCAAUCAAGUCCCUCUUAUACAGCAUAUAAAGCAUCUUCUCAGGUUCCUUGUGUUAUGGCAUCCUCAGUGGUUGGAAGAAGAGCUAAAUUUUCAACACAAACUUUAUCUACAAAUGAGCCUGUUGUUUCUGUCGAUUGGCUUCAUGCUAACCUCAAGGAACCUGAUCUCAAGGUGUUGGAUGCAUCCUGGUACAUGCCAGAUGAGCAGAGGAAUCCAAUUCAAGAGUAUCAGGUUGCUCACAUCCCUGGUGCCUUGUUUUUUGAUGUAGAUGGAAUAUCUGACCGAACUUCAAAUUUGCCGCACAUGUUGCCGUCAGAGGAUGCUUUUGCUGCUGCUGCUUCUGCUCUUGGAAUAGAUAACAAAGAUGGGUUGGUUGUUUAUGAUGGGAAGGGGAUUUUUAGUGCAGCUCGUGUCUGGUGGAUGUUUCGAGUAUUUGGGCAUGACAGAGUUUGGGUAUUAGAUGGAGGCCUGCCAAGAUGGCGUGCAUCUGGAUAUGAUGUUGAAUCUAGCGCUUCUGGUGAUGCUAUUUUGAAAGCUAGUGCUGCCAGUGAGGCGAUUGAGAAAGUAUAUCAGGGACAGGCGGUUGGCCCAAUCACAUUUCAGACCAAAUUUCAGCCACAUCUUGUCUGGACCCUUGAUCAGGUUAAAAAGAACAUUGAGGACAGGACUCAUCAACAAAUAGAUGCCCGAUCAAAGGCCAGGUUUGAUGGAACUGCAGCAGAGCCUCGAAAGGGUAUUAAAAGUGGUCAUGUACCUGGCAGCAAGUGCAUUCCUUUUCCCCAGGUGUUGGAUGCUUCACAGUCACUUUUGCCUGCAGAUGAACUAAAGAAACGAUUUGAAGAAGAAGGCAUAUCUUUGGAAAAGCCUGUUGUAACUUCGUGUGGCACUGGUGUAACUGCAUGUGUCCUUGCAUUGGGUCUCCACCGACUUGGGAAGUCCGAUGUUGUAGUCUAUGAUGGAUCUUGGACUGAAUGGGGAGCACAUCCUGACACACCUGUUGAGACUUCAUAAAUGUUCAUGCAUCAUUAUUGGAAGCGUUCCGGCAACAUGUGCAGCAUGAGGUUUGUCAGUCAGUUGUGACGAAAGAGGUUGUAUCUAAAACGGUUAAAUAUCACCAAGCCUUAUAACUCUAAUAAAUAUUGAAUUACAGUUUGUGUUUGUUAUUAAACUCUCAUUACGCAAACAAAGCAGGUGGAAGAGCAUCAGGGAUACGGGGUAGUGGGUUGGGAUCUAAGGUUUCACAUUUUGUUGAUGAUGAAAAAUAAAUAAUUAGCAGCAUGAUUCUUCUCUAA